AGGCGUUUGCCGCGGCCGAGGCCUCCAGGGCGCACCCCUGCCCACCCGCAUGGCGGCGGGGCGCUGAGCCGGGGCGCCCUCGGCAGCCGGCGGGUCGCUUCCCGAGGCCGGGACCCCCCGGAGCCGCGGGGGCGCGGCCUGCGGCGGCUACAUGGCGUGCUGCGGGAGCCUGCUCCGGAAGCACAGCUGCACCCGGCGGCUCUUCGCCGCCAGCGUCGUCAAGGCGCAGGGCAUCGAGCCGGAGCUCCGGGACGACCUGAUCAAGCAGGUCCAGCUCUGUGACGCCAUCCCCAGGUAUAUGUGCGAAGUUGGCGCAGCUUUGGAGGCAUUGGCACGGGCCCAUGACGUUCUCGACAAGGCGGGCAUCGGAGACCUGGACGACGCGGGGCCCAAGAUACUGGUGAAGGCGCUGCUCGACGGGUGCCAGCAGGCCCACCAGAUCUUCAUGAGCGCCGGCACGGCCAUCCGCACCUCUCUCGAGACCCACGGCACAGCGCUGGACGCAUGCGUCGACGAUCUUUCGCACGCCGAUCAGGUUUAUGCCGAGCUCAUCCGCUACCGCGAGAAGUACGAGCUGCUGGAGCGCAAGCGGUGCGAGCGCCUGGACAGAGGCCUGGCCUGCUCCAAGAAGGACCACGAGCGGUUAGACCGAAACCUGAAGAAGCUGCAGCAGGAGACUCGUGAUUCAUUUGCACCGCCGCGGCUGCAGAGCGAGACGUUCAGCGCGGAUGCGGAGAACGCCGCCAGCGUCGCCCAGACUCGCGCGCGAGAUUCUUUGCAUUCGUGCAUCUCGCGAAGAGGGAUACUCUAUCGGCUCACCCGUGACAUAGCUGCAGGCACCUCGCAGGCCUUCGCGACCAUGACGGCCACCGCGAAGGCCGCAGGCG